AAAUAGAGUCCGAACCGGGAGUUGUGGUCAAAAUCCUCCAAGAGAAGUUCGGGUUAGCUACACAGCGCGCACAAAGAACACGAGAACUUCUCUACGCCGGCGUUCCGAUUACGCGAGUCGCGAGUCAGAAGAAGAGAUGGGUGUUGGCGGUGUUCUCUCGCUUCUCUGGUUCCAGAAACGUUUGCCCGAUUAUGCGAAGUUCAUCUGCCUAAUGCUCACCGUUGAUCACGGACCUGCCGGCGACCGUUUCAGUGGCGCACCCGAUGGAGCCGCAAAGACUUUCACGGAGGCGUUCGACAAACAACAAAGUGCUCAUCAAUUUUUCAAUGAAAUGCGCCAUCAAGGAAAACUGAUUACUGGCAUUGGACAUCGUGUGAAAUCGAUUAGCAACCCUGACAAACGAAUGGAGAUCCUAAAAAAGUUUGCUCUCAACCCCGACAUCUUCAAGCAAGAAACCCCGCUGUUGAACUUUGCGCUUGAUGUUGAAAGGAUCACUACUGCCAAGAGGGGUGUCUGUCUGUUCGUCUCGCUGUCUGCCUGUACGGGCAUUUUCUCGGUCGUGUAU